UAAUAAUUUCCUACAAUGCUUGAAACGCGUUCUGCAGUGUAUAAAAUGAUUAAAAAAGAAGUACAUGAAGAUAGGAAGAUUAAAAAUUGGCCUCCAGCUUUUUCAUCGGAUAUCACACCAUAUACAGAAAGAGAUUUUUCUGUUCAAGUUCGUCGAUUUUGUGCGACAAAGUCUGUGGCUCCUAGAAUUUCAAAAAUGAUUGUUUUAGGCGACGUUGCAGUUGGAAAAACAUCAUUAGUAAAUCGGUUCUGUCAUAAAUCAUUUAACAAAAAUUACAAGGCAACAAUAGGAGUGGAUUUCGAAGUGGAAAAAUUUGAUAUUUUGGGCGUUCCAUUUCAUAUGCAAAUAUGGGAUACAGCAGGUCAAGAAAGAUUUAAAUGUAUUGCAGCUUCUUAUUACAGGGGGGCGAAUGUGAUCAUGAUAGUUUUUGACUUGGGAAAUUUAAUGUCUUUGUCACAUUGUCAACAAUGGUUACAAGAGGCGAGCCGAAGCAAUACAAAUCCUCAUCACAUUUUUUUGGUUGGCACAAAAAGAGAUUUAUUGUCAAACCAAGUAUACCAAGUAAUUGAAAAAAGAGCUGUUGGUGUGGCCACUAUAAUGAAAGCUGAAUUUUGGGCUGUGUCUUCUAGAACAGGCGAUGGUGUUCCAGAAUUGUUUUCCAGGAUCGCCGUGCUUUCUUUUAAUUCUUCCAUUUUACGAGAAAUGCAAAGUUACACGAUAGAACCAAAGAAAGUCGGAUCUACUGGUUUAAUGGACGCAUUGCAACCAAAAGCUGUCAGGAUGGCAGGGUCGCCAGUUUUGGAAGAUACUGACAACACAGAAAUCCUCGAUGAAUCUUUUCUCAGCACCCUUGAUAUUGCCCUACUUGCUGUCCUGAUUUUAACGGGACUGUGGUGGCUCAUGAAGAGAAACAAGCAGGACGAAUAUGCACCUUCUACAAAAUCAUAUUCAAUUCAACCAACCUCAUACACGGCAGUUAUACCUUCCGAAAACUCGUUCAUUAAAAAGCUUCAAACGUCUGGACGAAGUCUCGUAGUAUUUUAUGGUAGUCAAACUGGAACUGGUGAAGAAUUCGCUGGUCGCCUCGCCAAAGAGGGCAUCCGGUACCGAAUGAAAGGUAUGGUUGCUGAUCCAGAAGAAUGCGAUAUGGAGGAACUUGUGAAUCUCAAGACUAUACCAAAUAGUAUGGCAGUCUUUUGUAUGGCUACUUAUGGCGAGGGAGAUCCAACUGACAAUGCUAUGGAAUUUGUUGACUGGCUCAAGACAGGCGAAGCCGAUCUCACUGGCUUGAAUUACGCCGUAUUUGGACUGGGGAACAAGACAUACGAGCAUUACAAUGAAGUGGCAAUAUACAUCGAUCACAGGUUGGAACAACUGGGAGCGACACGUGUCUAUGAACUCGGUCUCGGUGACGAUGAUGCCAAUAUUGAAGACGAUUUCAUUACAUGGAAAGACAAAUUCUGGCCCGCUGUUUGCGACUUUUUCGGAAUCGAGGGAAUCAGCGAGGAUGUCAGCAUUCGUCAGUAUAAACUUACUGAGCACCUUGAUUUGCCUGCUGAUCGCAUUUACCAUGGAGAAAUCGCAAGACUUCAUUCCUUCAAAAACCAGAGACCUCCAUACGAUGCAAAGAACCCGUACCUAGCACCAGUGAAAGAGAAUAGGGAACUUCACGGACCAAAGUCAGAAAGGUCUUGCAUGCACAUCGAGUUCGAUAUCGAGGGAUCAAAGAUGCGUUACGACACUGGAGAUCACUUGGCUGUAUAUCCAGUGAAUAGCUCCGAGCUCGUAGAUAAAAUUGGCGUAAAAUGUGGAGUGGAUUUGGACACAGUCUUUACACUAACAAAUACUGAUGAGGAAUCCACAAAGAAGCAUCCAUUCCCUUGUCCUUGUUCUUACAGAACAGCACUUACACACUAUCUAGACAUCACUGGUCACCCAAGAACUCACAUUCUUAAAGAGUUGGCAGAGUAUUGUAGUGAUCCUGCUGAUAAAGAGAAACUGAAGCUGAUGGCAUCGACGACUACUGAAGGCAAGGCGCUCUAUAAUCAGUGGAUGAUUCAAGAAAAUAGAAACAUUGUACAAAUUUUGGAAGAUAUUCCAAGUCUCAAACCUGCCAUCGAUCAUCUAUGCGAAUUGCUUCCUAGACUCCAGUGCAGAUACUAUUCAAUAUCUUCAUCUCCCAAACUUCAUCCCACUACUGUUCAUAUAACUGCAGUUGUCGUAGAAUAUAAAACACCAACUGGAAGAAUUAACAGGGGAGUGACGACUUCCUGGUUGAAGGAAAAACAUCCCUCAGAUCCUCCAUGCUUGGUUCCAAUUUUCGUAAGAAAAUCACAAUUCCGUCUUCCUCUUCGUACUUCCACGCCCAUUAUUAUGGUUGGCCCAGGAACUGGUCUUGCACCUUUCAGAGGAUUCAUUCAAGAACGUGAUCUUGCUAGGAAGGAAGGUAAGGAAGUGGGAGACACGAUUUUGUACUUUGGGUGCAGGAAAAGUGAGGAAGACUUUCUUUACAAAGAGGAGCUCGAAGAAUACGUAAAAAGUGGUACUCUCACUUUACACUGUGCUUUUAGUAGGGAACAAGCAAACAAAGUUUAUGUCACACACUUGCUUGAAAAGAAUAAGGACGAGCUAUGGGAUGUAAUUGGUGAAAAAAAUGGGCAUAUUUACGUAUGCGGUGAUGCCCGAAAUAUGGCUCGUGACGUGCACAACAUUCUUCUGAAAGUUGUGAUGCAGAAUGGAAAAAUGACGGAAAUGGAAGCGCAGGAUUACAUUAAGAAAAUGGAUACGCAGAAACGCUACUCGAGCGAUGUUUGGAGUUGAAUUUUAUUCUUUUACAACAAACUGCAAAUUACAAGAAGAUGCAUCGUUGUAGACAGAUUUUUAUCGGUAAUAAUUGUGGGCGCAUAAGAGAACCGAAAUGAGUUUACAUUCUUUUAUAUAAUUGCAAUCUUUCAAAGCAGACAUCCUGCUUUCUAAUGAACUUGAGCAAAUGGGUUGUGAUAAUAUUGAGCGUGUGUUGUUACUAGAUUAUUAUAAAUUCCAUACAACGAAACAUAAUUUUCUAUCACUCUCGAAAUGAGUAGCUAAAGCUAAGAACUUCUUGCGAAUUCUUUUUGAUCAGACAAUGUAUUAGUGAUAAAUACUGUACAUAUAGUUAAAGUAAUGUGAUAGAGGCAUUUGUUGUUGUAGGUGUUUGCUGCUAAAAAAAAGAGGCAAUCCUAUUUUGCUCGUGAAGCAAAAAGAAAGUUUUGCGAUAUGUAAAUGCGAUGAUCGCAUACUACAGUAAACUUCCACCUAUUCUGACGGCUAUGAAACGUACACGACCAAUUACUUUAAGGCUGGAGGGUCCCUUACCUAUGCCGCGAGUCAAGAUAUUUUUAUCACGCCCUAUCACGGGUCUAUUUGAAAUCAAAUACUAUCAAUAAUGAUACAUAUAAAUACACCGGGCUCACAGUGUUUCGCGAUUUAGUAAGUCGGAAAGGCGCAGUACGCGGGUACUCACAUGUGAAUGUUGCGCACCGUUAUGCAUUCCUAAUGGAGCAUGACAGAGUUUUUUCUGUGUUUUUAUUGAUCGACGACAAUUUGUCGACUAAAAAACGAUUGAACUAUUUCAAGGAAUAGUGAGUUUUGCAGCAUGACUUCGCAAGUUCGAUCAUGCUAAGAUAGGUGGCAAUUUCUGAAAGGUUAGCAUAGUGCUUGACAUAGGAAUGCAGACAACUUUUUGGAUAAAAUAUUCUUAACGUAAAUCUAAGUUAUAAAGGUCUGAAUAGUAAUAUUUUGCAAACGUAAAAUGUAUUUACUUUUAGUAUUUAUUUUUGGAUUAGCGUAUCAGAUGGGGUACUCUAACCUAAAUUUUCGGAUAGUUGAUUGUAUUUCGUGAAACUGAAAGGUCGUCAGUCGAUAAAAGACUGAAACUUGACCGAGAAAAUACAUUCUACAUUUGAGAAAUAUUACUAUUCGUAUAUUUAUGACUUACUUUACUUUAGUUGUCUGCAUUCCCAUGACGUCACGCUAAAAUACUCAAUUCAAAUCAACGCGGUCUCCUUGCUCUUCGGGACUCUUUUUUCUAAUUGGUCAGCCACUGACGCGCGCGUAACCGUACAUCCCGUAUAGGGACCGUGGUGGGAGGUGACGGAACUGCGCCAUUUCGAAUAAGAAUGUAUAGGGGAUAUCGAAUAGGUGAAUUUUCGAAUGUGCGGUCAUUAACGUAGGUGGAAGUUUACUGUAUUACUUGCCUUCUUUUUUUUUAGAACAUUUUUAGCUGUGUAUCAAUUAUAAAUAAGGAGGGUUCUUGUUCUUGGAUGAGGAACAACUCAAGCCUAGAUAAAUUAUUUUUCUUAGAGUAUAAUGCAAAUAGUUAUUUAUAUUGAUAGUGAGUACUGUCAUAUACACAAAUAUUACGCAAUGUUCAUACACGCUCUAAUCAAUUAUUAUACACAAAUAGAAAAUCUGAUUGUUUUGUGUACGUAAUAUAUAAUAUAUGAUUAUUGAUUAUGCAUAUAUUGUAAAUAUAUAAGGUGUCUACCAUACCAAUUUGCAUGUAAUGGAUGCAUUAUUUCUAAUCGCAGAGCACCAGGCGUGGCUAAAUCAUCAGCGAACCCUCAUUAUAUUUGAAGAUGUUUUUUUCUAACUUCUGGUUAUUUACCCAAGUCUUGUGAUCUCGUAUGCAGAAAGUAUAUCAUUUUUAAUCACUAAUCGCACAAUAAAAUAUAAUUAUUGUUAA